AUGGCAUGCAAGGAGGAAGCCAAACAGAGUGUGGAAACUCCCCUCCCUCAAACGGAACAAAGGGGCGAAACUAAUUGUCAACAAAGAAGAGAAAAGGAAAAGAAAAGGCAGAGGGGCUACAGACGCUCAAGGGGGACUUGGAAAGGGAGUAAAGUCCGCCCCGAGAGCCUCUCCCCAGCGGCCGGGGCGGCGUCGCCUAACUGGGGACAACGGGGUCCGACGGUCCUUGCAACGCCCGCUCUUGCCCUCCCCGCUCCUCCGCUCCUGCCGCGCCCCUCGUCCGGUCGGACCCCUCCCGGAGGACCAGGAGUCCCGGGAACACCGGCCCGGCCCGCCGCCGCCAGCCCCCAGCGCAGCCCUAAGUCGCCUCCACUCCCUGCCACCGCCUGGGCCGCCCGGACCCUGGACGGCAACUCGUGGGUGGCCGCCGCGGGUGACCCCAGGCCCCGGCCGCGGCCGCAGCAAGCGCCGCCACCCUCCACUCACCGCGGCGCUCCAUCCCGCGUCCCGGACGCGGACGCCCGCCCGACACUCACGGCCGCCGCCGCCGCCGCCGCCGCCGCCGCCGAGGGCUGGAGCUCGCCGCUCCCAUCCCCCACGGCCCGCGGACGCCCGGCAAAGCCGCCGCCGCCGCCCCUGCAACUACAGCCACGACCACGCCAGUCCCGGCCGCCCCGCCCCCGGCCUCGCACCGCCCGCCCGGCCGCGGCCCGCCCCCUGGGGCCCAGCCCAUUGGCCCGCGCGCCCGGGGGGCGGGGACGGGCGCCUGCGGCAGGUGGGGCCGACCACUGGCUCUCGCGCGCCCGGCGCAGGCUGUCAGCUUCGCCUCGGCCCGCAAACUGUCCCGAGCCUUGCAGGACGUGUUAG